AUGGCCGAACAGGCAAUUUGCAUAUAUGAUUUCAAAGCUGCGGAAGAUAACGAGCUCUCGGUCUACAAAAACGAAAUCGUGGAAAUUGUUAAUGCAAGCGAAAAUUGGUGGACAGUUCGCAACAAGUAUAAGCGGUCUGGGUUGGUUCCAGUGAACUAUCUUGCUGCACCUAUAACCGACGAUAAUACUGAGAUUGUAGCGAGGGGGAAAACUAAGAAAGCCCACCACGCAAAAAGUGAAAACGAAGUCUCGAUUGAGGCAGAUAAGCAGGUGGCCAUCUUGGACAAGCAGGACAACUACUGGUGGUUUGUUGGGUUUUGUGGCAAAACUGGAUAUAUUCCAAAACGCAUUGUACAAGAAUUUAAG